AUGGCAAAAACUGCAACCGUUCAUACAACCCGCAGUGCUUGGUAUACCUACCUGAGGUGUCUACCUACAUAUGAACCAUCGACUCCAAAAUGCCAAGAACGGCCACAGAGACACACUCUCCUUCCUACUGAACCAACCAGCCAACCAACUAAAAAGCUAAAACGCCCACAGGAUAUGGCUCCUUAG